CGUCACCACGUCGCCGCCGCCGCGCCGUCUCACCGAGGUUUGAAUGUGAAGCUGAGCCGUGGGAGGAGUUGCUGCCGUCGUUGCUACUCGCGCUGUCAGGGGACCCGUCAGGUUCGGUUAUGGAGCUGAGUGAUGCCAAUUUGCAGACUUUAACAGAAUACUUAAAGAAGACACUAGAUCCUGAUCCUGCCAUAAGGCGUCCUGCGGAAAAGUUCCUUGAAUCUGUUGAAGGAAGCCAGAAUUAUCCACUGCUACUCUUAACACUAUUGGAGAAGUCACAAGAUAAUGUCAUAAAAGUCUGUGCUUCUGUCACAUUUAAGAAUUAUAUUAAAAGAAACUGGAGAAUUAUUGAAGAUGAACCAGACAAAAUAUGUGAAACUGAUAGGAUAGCUAUUAAAGCCAACAUAGUACACCUGAUGCUUAGCAGCCCAGAACAAAUUCAGAAACAGUUAAGUGAUGCUAUUAGCAUAAUUGGCAGAGAAGACUUUCCUCAGAAGUGGCCUGACCUGCUAACAGAAAUGGUAAAUCGCUUUCAGAGUGGUGAUUUCCAUGUUAUUAACGGAGUUCUUCGUACAGCACAUUCUCUAUUCAAAAGGUACCGUCAUGAGUUUAAAUCAAAUGAACUGUGGACAGAGAUCAAACUUGUCCUUGAUGCAUUUGCACUACCCUUGACCAAUCUCUUCAAGGCCACCAUUGAGCUUUGCAGUACUCAUGCAAAUGAUGCCAGCGCUUUGAAAGUUCUGUUCUCCUCUCUGAUUCUUAUUGCUAAGUUGUUCUACAGUUUAAACUUUCAAGACCUUCCUGAAUUUUUUGAAGAUAACAUGGAAACUUGGAUGAUGAACUUCCAUAACCUUUUAACUUUGGAUAAUAAACUCUUACAAACAGAUGAUGAAGAGGAAGCUGGUCUUCUAGAGCUUUUGAAAUCCCAAAUUUGUGACAACGCUGCUCUCUAUGCACAAAAAUAUGAUGAAGAAUUUCAGCCUUACCUGCCCCGUUUUGUCACUGCAAUUUGGAAUUUAUUGGUCACAACUGGUCAAGAAGUUAAGUACGAUCUGCUGGUAAGUAAUGCAAUCCAGUUCCUGGCUUCCGUUUGUGAGAGACCCCAUUACAAGCACCUGUUUGAAGAUCAGAAUACAUUGACAAGUAUUUGUGAAAAAGUUAUUGUUCCCAAUAUGGAAUUUAGAGCUGCUGAUGAAGAAGCUUUUGAAGAUAAUUCUGAAGAAUAUAUUAGAAGAGAUUUGGAAGGGUCAGAUAUUGAUACCAGACGCAGAGCAGCCUGUGAUCUAGUAAGGGGCUUAUGCAAGUUUUUUGAAGGACCUGUGACGGGGAUCUUUUCUGGUUAUGUUAAUUCUAUGCUGCAAGAAUACGCAAAAAAUCCAUCUGUCAAUUGGAAACAUAAGGAUGCUGCUAUUUACCUUGUAACAUCUUUGGCAUCAAAAGCUCAAACGCAAAAGCAUGGAAUAACCCAAGCCAAUGAACUAGUAAAUUUGACAGAAUUCUUUAUGAAUCAUAUUCUACCAGAUUUAAAGUCUCCUAAUGUAAAUGAAUUUCCAGUGCUUAAGGCUGAUGGCAUUAAAUACAUCAUGAUUUUCAGGAACCAAGUACCUAAAGAACAGCUGUUGGUGUCUAUUCCUCUCCUAAUCAAUCACCUUCAAGCAGAAAGUAUUGUAGUUCAUACAUAUGCAGCCCAUGCCCUUGAAAGAUUAUUUACAAUGAAAGGAGCUAACAAUACCACACUAAUUACAGCUUCAGAGAUGGUUCCAUAUGUUGAAAUGCUGCUAACAAAUCUUUUCAAAGCCCUGACACUUCCAGGGUCAUCUGAAAAUGAGUACAUUAUGAAAGCUAUCAUGAGGAGUUUUUCUCUUCUUCAGGAAGCCAUAAUUCCAUAUAUCCCUUCUCUAAUCACUCAACUCACAGAGAAACUGCUUGCUGUUAGUAAGAAUCCAAGCAAGCCUCACUUUAACCAUUAUAUGUUUGAAUCUAUCUGCUUGUCAAUACGGAUAACUUGCAGAGCAAACCCUACAGCUGUUGGAAGCUUUGAAGAUGCUCUAUUUAUGGUAUUCACUGAGAUUCUGCAGAAUGAUGUCCAAGAAUUCAUUCCAUACGUAUUUCAAGUGAUGUCUCUACUGCUGGAGAUGCAUAAAAAUGAUAUCCCAUCAUCCUAUAUGGCCUUAUUUCCACAUCUACUUCAGCCGGUCUUGUGGGAAAGGUCAGGAAACAUCCCCCCUCUGGUGAGACUUCUUCAGGCCUAUUUGGAGAGAGGUGCCAAUACAAUAGCAAGUGCUGCAGCUGACAAAAUUCCUGGACUACUAGGAGUGUUCCAGAAACUUAUUGCUUCUAAGCUUAAUGACCAUCAGGGGUUCUACCUUCUCAACAGCAUUAUAGAACAUAUGCCCCCCGAAUCCAUUGAUCAGUACAGGAAGCAAAUAUUCAUUCUGCUUUUCCAAAGACUUCAAAAUUCCAAAACAACAAAAUUUAUUAAAAGUUUCUUAGUCUUCAUCAACUUGUACUGCGUAAAAUAUGGAGCAAUAGCACUUCAAGAAAUAUUUGACAGUAUACAACCAAAGAUGUUUGGAAUGGUUUUGGAGAAAAUCAUAAUACCAGAAAUACAGAAAGUAUCAGGGCACGUGGAAAAGAAAAUCUGUGCAGUUGGCAUCACAAAGAUUCUCACAGAAUGUCCUCCAAUGAUGGACACAGAGUACACGAAGUUAUGGACACCCCUCCUUCAAGCCCUUAUUGGUCUUUUUGAACUGCCUGAAGAUGACACUCUUCCUGAUGAGGAACACUUCAUUGAUAUAGAAGAUACUCCAGGAUACCAGACUGCAUUUUCUCAGCUUGCCUUUGCGGGGAAAAAAGAACAUGAUCCAGUUGGCCAAAUUGUGAAUAAUCCCAAAAUCCAUCUUGCACAAUCUCUUCAUAAAUUAUCUACUGCAUGUCCAGGCAGAGUUCCUUCAAUGCUGAGUACCAGCCUGAAUGCCGAAGCUUUGCAGUUCCUUCAAGGAUACUUACAAGCUGCAAGUGUAACAUUGGUCUGACGUUUUUAUUCUGAGUGGCAGAAUUUCAGUUACAUGAAAGAACGCUGAUAUUGACUGUCUUCUAAACAAAGCUCGGACAGGAUGAAACGAGUUGCUAUUUCAGAAAUACAUCACAGAAUUAUUGCUUGAUGCAGAAGCUGAAUGAUAUUUUGUUCAUGUGAUCAUAAGUAAAGAAGGAAGUGACUUUCCUUUUCCCAGUUUGCUUUCUAAGGGAAUAGUGGUAGAAGUUUAUCAUUUGGGAUUGAUUGGAAUUUCACAUAUGCCAUGAUUGGGUAACAUUUUAAAAUAUACUGAAUACUGGCUGCACACUCAUGUUGUCACAAUUUUUUUCCCAGUUUGUCAUUUGUAUUUCUUUAGUGUCUUCUAAAAUUUAUCUGAAUUGUGAAUAAAUAAGUUCUUGUUUAAAAAGUA